AUGGGGGGCCCCAAUCUCGAAGUCUUUAAGUUUGGCAUGUACAUCAUGUUCCCAAUUGCUAUAAUGUACUACUACGGUACCAACCUCGACAAGCGUUUUGCGGUCCCAGAUUUCUGGCCAAAGCCGGAGCAAACGAAUAGGAUCCCGUUUGACAAGGAGGAGAUUCAUAGCGAGUUGGAGAGGUUGAGGCAGAGGAGGAUGUAUUUGAGGAGUAAGAGAUUGGAGCAGGAGGCUCAAGGACAGGGGCGGAAUGGGAGUGCGGAGGGAAAUGAUUCUUGA